UUUCCUUAAGAAACUCGAAAACCAAACCGGAACAGCGAAACGGCUAGGAAACCCUAGGAAAGCCCGAACGGAGAGGAACAAGAUACAGCAACUGAUCUCCGCUCACUCGCUCUCAUUCUAUAUCUUCAGAUUCUUCUCCCAUGGCGACCGCCAGAAACUACAUUUCUCGGCCAAGGUAUCGAUUCCUCGACGCCGAUCUGGCCACCUCCAUGACCCGCGACUCCUCCUCUCCCUCCUUCGAACUCGACGAGUCCGACCUCUACAACUCGCCCCGCUCCGUCUCCCCCGGGCCGUGCGACCUAUCCGCUCCCAACUCCCGGACAUGCAAGAAGCCGGCCGCCGCGACACGCGCAGUUCCCCGCCCCGGAGCAGCGGCGGUGGCGUCGUCGCUGCCGGUGAACGUGCCGGACUGGUCGAAGAUCCUGAGGGAGGAGUACAGGGAGAACCGGCGGAGGGGCAGCUUGGAGAACGACUUCUUCGACGAUGAGGGCGAGGAGGAGGAGGAUGAGGGCCGCUGCGGAAACGGGGGGAGGAAUAGGAGGUGGGUGCCGCCGCACGAGCUCGUGGCGAGGACGGCGAGGAUGGCGUCGUCGUUCUCGGUGACGCUGAAGGGGAGGGACUUGAGCAGGGUCCGGAACGCCAUUUGGGCUAAAACCGGUUUUCAGGAUUGAAUUUCAGAGGGGAUUAUUUCCUUUUCCUUUUUGGGAUUUUUAAUUCUAGAAUCUAAUUUUUUUUUUAAACUUUUUGCUGCUUUUUAAAUUGCUUUUUAGAUGGACUC